UGUGUUCAGAGGAGUGGAAAGAGAGAGGAGUCAAAGCAAGAGAUUUUUAACAGAGCUCCAGUGAAACAGUAAACCAUCAGAGCCUCGUUAUGAACACCCUUCACAGUUUGAUCUACUUCUUCUUCGUUUCUCUGCAGGAGGGAAACCCUGAAGUCACCGAUGCUCAGAUUCUUCACUAUGGAGUCAUUGGAGGAGAUUUGAAAGCUGGAUUCUCCUUUAAUUCUGCAGGAACAUGGAAGAUGUUCUGCAGAGAAGAAUGUGAAGGAGAAAACAUUCUCAUUAAUACAACUGAUGUCAGAGCUCAAACAGGCAGAUACAGCAUUGAAUAUGAAUGGACUGGUUCUCAUGUUUUAUCUGUGAGCAUCUCAAAGCUGACUGAGUCUGACUCUGGACAGUACAGCUGUGGUUUUGGUGGAUCUUCAUCAUCAGCUUCACUCACACCGUUUGUGAUCGUUGUUGCUGAAGCACUGCUGGAUGGAAACGAUGAUCAGCUGAAACACUUCGAUAAAGAAACUGGAAGCUCUCUCACAGUCGGAUGUUCCUUUAAACAACCUGGAGACAGAGGGUUCUUCUGCAGAGGAGAGUGUGGAGGAGACAACACUCUUGUUCAAACAGAUGAUGUCAAAGCUCAGAGCUGCAGAUACAACAUUGGAUAUGCUUCACAUACAGAUCCAGGAGUUCUGUAUGUGAGCAUCACACAGCUGACCAAGUCUGACUCAGGACGGUACAGAUGUUUACUGAGGGAUCUUCCAGCAGUUCAUUCAGAGACUUUGAGGUCACUGUCACAGACGUCAUCCCAUCAUUAACUGGACAGAACCAGUAUGGGCUGUAUGUGGGUCUGACUCUGACGGUCACCAUCAUCCUGGUCUCAGUGUCUGUGCUGAUAUUCUACAAGAAACGAUCCUCUAAACGAAAAGAUGUUCCUGUGGAAACACAGUAUGCUGAUGUCACAGAGGCGACAGACAACUCAAACAAACUCACCCAUAGUGCACUGAGUUUUCUUAACAAGGCCCGUGUCUCUCCCAGCAACGCCUCCUGUAGUAACACCGAUGAAGUUGUCUCCUCCGUGUCUCGAAAAGUGCACUUUAAGGACUUUAGUCCAGUUUCUACAUGUAAAGCCUCAAACUACCAGAACCUUAAUGGAGCCACCAGAGACCAGGACCAAAUCUACUCCACACUCAAAAUCACUGACCAGACUCUCCAGACUCAGAGCUGAACAUGAACAUCGAAAGGACAAUAAAAAUCAAAUAAAAUUAAUAUUUCUAGUCUGGGUUAAAAGCCAAGCCAAAAAAAGAUGAUGCAGUGAGUCAGAGUAGCGUCCAGUCAUAAAGCUGGCCAAGCUAGUUUUUGCAUAUUUGUGAAGAAUUCAUGUAUCUGUCAUAUUAGCAGUCAAAACAAAAUCUUUUUAAAAGCACAGA